UCAUAUUUUCGGUUAUCUGUCUAUAAUAGUUUCGCAGCGGCUUCCGUUGAACUACAGAACAAAACUGGGUUUUAGAUUAAUACAAUUAAUGAGCUCAGCAUCGCUCUGCAGUUCGUUGUGUUCAAUAGGUUAUGAUUACUGUUUUAUAGCACAUCGAAAAACAUGACGUGUAAUGACAAUUAUCUAAAUUGAACAGCGUUUAGUUGUAUGAUCGGUAUUUUCAAGAUUUAUUUAUAUUUUUUCAGUUUUCAACAAAAAAACAGAGAUCAAUCAUGAAAGUAAUAUUCAAUUGUAUGACGUUAGUCUUAAUGUUUUUCAUUUGUACAAUUACUGUAUAUGGAGUGCCGAACACCAAGGAACCGGUUUUAGAAAAAUUACAAGCGCAACAGCAACAUUUCAGAGGUGAAGAGCACAAUACAGAUUAUGACCAUGAAGCUUUUCUUGGACAAGAAGCGGAAGAAUUUGAUAAUUUGACACAAGAAGAAAGUCAAAGGAGACUUAGCGUAAUAGUCGAUAAAAUUGAUAAAAAUAAUGAUGGAUAUGUAACACAAGAGGAGCUUAAAGAUUGGAUUAAAUUCACUCAAACUCGUUACAUAAUGAAUGAUGUGCACAGCCAAUGGGAUAACCAUAAAAACUUGGAAAACGAAAAGUUAUCAUGGGCAAUAUAUAGGAAAGAUACGUAUGGAUUUAUGUCUGAUGACGAAGCAAAAGAAGUGCAUAAAUCUGAUGAUUCCUAUACAUAUGCCAAAAUGAUAUUAAGAGAUAAGAGAAGAUGGGCAGCAGCUGACGUAGAUGGUGAUGGUCUAUUGUCCAAAGAGGAAUUUAUAUCUUUCUUACAUCCUGAAGAAAGUGUUCACAUGAAAGAUAUUGUUGUCUAUGAAACUAUGGAUGAUAUGGAUAAAGAUAAAGACAAUAAAAUAUCAAUGGAUGAAUAUAUUGCUGAUUUAUUCCCUGGUGUGGAGCCAAAUGAAGAACCAAAUUUCAUUAAAAGUGAAAUAGAACAGUUUAAGACAUACAGAGAUAAAGAUGGUGACGGGUUUUUGGACAUUGGAGAGGUCAAAGAUUGGAUAUUACCUGACAAUUUUGAUCAUGCUGAAGCAGAAAGCAGACACCUUGUUUAUGAAUCUGAUUCAGAUGCUGAUGGCAAAUUAACUAAAGAAGAAAUAUUAGCGAAAUAUGAUUUGUUUGUCGGAUCCCAGGCAACUGAUUUUGGAGAGGCCAUUAUGAAACAUGAUGAGUUAUAAAACAAUUACAA